UUUAGAAACGAGAGUGGAUCUGCAUUUAACUGUAUUUGCCGGCUGACGCGAAUUUGUUAAAACAGUAGAAAAGUAAAAAAAAAAACAUUACCCGUUGAUACUCAUGCCUUAAUAUGAAGAUAAGCGUCGAUGGUUUAUUAGUCUAUUUUCCUUAUGAUUAUAUAUAUCCUGAACAAUAUGCGUACAUGCUGGAUCUCAAACGAGGACUCGAUGCUAAGGGUCAUUGUCUUCUGGAAAUGCCUUCCGGCACUGGAAAAACAAUAACUCUGCUAUCUCUCAUUGUUGCUUAUAUGUUAGAACAUCCCUUGGAUGUUACAAAAUUAAUAUAUUGUUCGCGUACUGUGCCAGAAAUAGAAAAAGUUAUUGAAGAAUUGAAAAAAUUAAUAGACUAUUAUGAACAGGAGACUAAGAUUUUACCAAAAAUCAUAGGGCUGGUACUCAGUUCGAGAAAGAACAUGUGCAUCCAUCCUGAGGUGAGUAAAGAGAGAGAGGGCAAGAUCGUCGAUAGUCGUUGUCACGGUCUUACAGCGUCUUACAUUCGCGAAAGGCAUAACUACGACGACUCCACGCCAAUUUGUAGCUUUUAUGAAACAUUCGAUAUCGAGGGCCGUGAACUGAUCAUACCACCCGGUAUUUAUUCUAUCGACGAUAUGAAAGAAUAUGGAAGAGCUAGAAAUUGGUGCCCUUACUUCCUAGCUAGAUAUACCCUUAUGCAUGCACAAAUCGUUGUGUAUAGUUAUCAUUAUUUAUUGGAUCCAAAAAUAGCUGAAGCCGUGUCAAAAGAAUUGGCUAAAAGUUCAGUCGUCGUUUUUGACGAAGCUCAUAAUAUUGAUAAUGUAUGCAUUGAUUCUUUAAGCGUUAAGUUAAAUCGUCGAAUAAUGGAAAAAAGUUGUUCAAAUUUAACUCUUCUUGAAAAGACAGUUGCAGAAAUGAGAGAAGACGAUGCUAACAAACUCAAAGAAGAAUAUAAUAAACUAGUAGAGGGUUUAAAAGAUGCACAAGUUGCUCGUGAAACCGAUGUUGUUUUAGCUAAUCCUGUUUUACCAAACGAAGUUUUAGAAGGUGUGGUGCCGGGUAACAUACGUAAAGCCGAGCAUUUUGUAAGCUUUCUCAAGCGCUUCGUCGAGUAUUUGAAAAUGCGAUUACGCAUCCAGCACGUCGUCCAGGAAUCACCAGUCACCUUCUUGCACGAUAUACAAAUGAAAAUCUGCAUCGAGCGUAAGCCUUUACGAUUUUGCGCCGAGCGACUAUCUUCGUUACUUCGAACGAUGGAAAUAAAUGACCUCACGGACUUCUCGCCCCUUAUCCUCGUUACGCAUCUUGCCACGCUUGUGGCGACAUACACCAAGGGCUUCACUAUUAUUAUAGAGCCGUUUGAUGACAAAGCGCCGACCGUUCACAAUCCGAUACUUUAUUUCUCAUGUUUAGAUUCAUCAAUCGCAAUGAAGCCAAUUUUUGAUAGAUUUCAAACUGUCGUCAUUACGUCCGGGACCUUAUCACCAUUGGACAUGUAUCCAAAAAUUUUAAAUUUUCAUCCAGUUAUUAUGUCAUCGUUUACAAUGACCUUAGCUAGGCCUUGUCUUCUUCCAAUGAUAGUUUCAAAAGGUAACGAUCAGGUUGCUAUAUCAUCGAAGUACGAAACUCGCGAAGACGUUGCAGUUAUAAGGAAUUAUGGACAAUUAUUGGUCGAGUUUGCUGCUAAUGUUCCCGAUGGCAUCGUUUGUUUUUUCACUUCGUAUUUAUAUAUGGAAUCUGUCGUAGCUGCCUGGUACGACCAAGGUAUUCUAGAUCAAAUCCAAAGGUACAAAUUAAUAUUCAUUGAAACACAAGAUUCUGCAGAGACUAGUUUAGCCUUGUAUUAUUAUAACAAAGCUUGCGAUAAUGGAAGAGGCGCCGUUCUCCUGUCAGUAGCUAGAGGUAAAGUGUCGGAGGGAGUUGAUUUUGAUCAUCACCUGGGAAGAGCUGUGCUUAUGUUCGGUAUACCAUAUGUAUAUACGCAGUCACGCAUCUUGAAAGCUCGCCUGGAGUAUCUCAGGGAUCAAUUUCAGAUCAAAGAGAAUGACUUUCUCACUUUCGAUGCAAUGAGACAUGCAGCGCAAUGCGUAGGUCGAGCUAUUCGAGGAAAAACCGAUUAUGGUAUAAUGGUGUUUGCAGAUAAGAGAUUUUCUAGAAUUGAUAAGAAAUGCAAACUACCCAAAUGGAUUCAAGAAUAUCUUACAGACAAUCUAUGUAAUUUAUCUACAGAAGAAGCAAUUCAAAUUUGUAAAAGAUGGUUACGUCAAAUGGCACAACCAUUCUCAAGGGAAGAUCAACUUGGACUUUCAUUAUUAACUCUUGAGCAGUUAAAAAGUAAAGAACAAGCAAAAAUUGAACAACAAGCUCAACAAAAUUAAUAAAAUUCAGUUUAUAAUAAAUGUAAUAUAAGUAAAUGAAGUGAUAAAAAUGUAUUUAACUACAAAAAUGGAUUGUAAUACCUAUGAUAAG